AAUCUUGUCACUUGCGGAGAGCCGAGUGCGCAGAGAGCUGAAUGAGGAGGUCAGAAGAGGGAAGCACCGCAUUCUCAACCUGGGAUCGUCCGCUGGAGUCUCUGUCGAGGUCUGGAUUGCUGGCAGGAGUUUUCUGGAGCCCGCACUCGCUCUGUUGCUGCCAACCAGCCGAAGAAGUCUUUGCUUCCUACUGCCGCCUCCCGUUGCAAGCCAUCGUCCUUCCAUCCCAUCUAACACACAUAUAUUCGUCUUUGCUUUAUUUUUGUUUAAAAGAUGGUGAAGACGUCGUGAGGCGCUUGAGGAGCUGUUAUUGCCCCUGCUGUUUCCGCAAUAUUGAAAUGUUGAUCCGCAUUUAAAAGGGACCUGGAUGGAAGGUGAUUAACCUAGUACCGUGAAAACACCCCUGAUGUCCAACGAAAGGAACCUUCUUCAGGGGAAGCAGUCAGAAUAUUUAUUUUUGCAACCAGUAAGUAAAAACUUUCCGUGUUUAUCCCCGAAACUGGGCUGCAAUGAGUUAAAUAUCAGGCAUGGUUGAAACCCCAAGGGGGACUUUUAUUGGUAAAUGUAGAGGAACUGUGGCACAAUGCCAGUUCCCACUUGCUCUCUGCACAAUGUUCAAUUAUUUACGGCUUCAGAAGCAAGCUCCCCGUGCCAGCAAUACCUCUCUCCAGCCAAUGACUCUCCCUUGUGUGGCGUAAAUCCUGAUCUACUCUGGCACACUCGAUGACCAGUUCCUACAGCCUAGCCAUGUGGAUAAGCUGCCUCUUGGAGUUCCACCUGACUAGAGGAUACAACUACGUAUUUUCCUACCUGCCUGUUCUGCUUUUCCUGACGCUGUGUGGCCACCGAACUGUGAACGUAUCUGCUCUGAAAUGUCACUCCGAGUGCCUUUGCGCCAGUAACAUAGUCAGCUGCUCUAAAAAGGGACUGGUUAACAUCCCUACCUCUCUCCCCGAAUACACAGCCGUUCUGGACCUUAGCUACAACAGUGUGACGCGCUUGAGAGCCGAAUGGACCACAGUCCGUCUCGACAGACUCCACACACUGCUCCUCAGCCACAACGGCUUGUCCUUCACGUCGGAGGAAGCUUUCACGGAGGUGCCGCAUUUGAGGUACCUUGACCUGUCCUCCAACAAGCUGAGAACUCUUGAAGAACUGCACUUCCAGGGGCUGGAAGAGCUGGAGGUCCUUCUGCUCUACAAUAACCAGAUCUCUCAGAUUGACCGGACUGCCUUCGAAGGCCUGGAGAGGCUUCAGAAGUUGUACUUGAGUCAGAAUCUGAUCACUCGAUUUCCACAGGAGUUGGUGGAAGAAAGUACCAGGUUGCCCGAACUGGAACUUUUGGAUGUGUCUAGUAAUAAGAUAAAGGCCCUUCCUAUACAGGAGCUGAAAACUCUACCUGCAUAUCUUAAAAACGGCCUGUACUUACACAAUAAUCCAUUGAUCUGUGAUUGUAGCUUGUACCUUAUGGUCAACCAGUGGUAUAACAGGCGCUUCAGUUCUGCUGUGGACUUCAGGAAUGAAUACAAGUGUGUCCUGCCUUUAAACCACAAGGUGUCCAUCAAGCUGUUUGACUUGCAAGAAGAGUACAUGAACUGCAGCACCAUUGUGGAUUCAGAGGUGGAGGCCUUCUUGGAGGGCACCCUGACGAUGCACUGCGACACCAGAUUGAGGAACAUGAUGAAGGUCUGGGUGACGCCAGACAACAAGACCAUUGAGGCUGGCCACGACAACCAAAGUCUCAGGAUGCUGCCCGACGGCAAUCUGCAGCUCAGUAACCUGCAGCCUGAAAACUCGGGGACCUACACUUGCCUGGCCAGCAGCAGCCGGUUCAACGAGACCAUCCACGUGCAGCUGAAGGUGCACAAUUCCACGGCAAGCGCCAUGCACGAGACUCUGAAUACUGCGUACACCACACUGGUUGGGUGUGUAGCCAGUGUGGUUUUGGUUCUCAUCUACCUGUACCUCACGCCGUGCCGGUGCCAGUGUAGGAAUAAUGCCGACAAGCAGAGAAGCCAGCAGGAAGAAAGCAUUCACUCGUCCAUGCUGAGCGCCAGCUCCAUCCACGACGUCUCUGUGGAUAAGGCGGCCGUGGACCGGCGCGUGGCAUUCAUUGAGCCAGCCAAGGAAGCACAAGGGCAGAAUGGGAGGCACAAACCAAAUGCUGUGGAAGAGUUCGAGGAUAAGAGGCUCUUAACGGUGCCCAGAAAGAAAUCUGACUGUGGGUCCGUUGGCUCGGUGUCCUCUGACUCUCCCAUUGUCGUCUAACACAGUGGGUUUGAGCCAUAGUCUGCGCAGUGGGUGCAGGCUUCUGGCAGGCUGCCGGGUGAGUGAUGCCGAUGUUUAGCAAUGCUUCAUCAGGAGUCAAGUGGUCACCCAUGCGGGUCUCGAUUUGCUAAAAACAAUUAGCGGCAACAUCGCCAGGGCACAACCUGAAAAGGCAGACUGAAGGAUCACAGCGAGAUCUUAACUGUUGAAGAUAAUAAUCCAUAUUUAUUUUUCUUAAAUUAUUUUGUACGCCAAGCUGGCUUACUGUGUAUAGGCGCUGCAGAUUUCUAAACUACACAGUGUUCAACCAUUUUACUCCACUAGUGACUGGAUCGACCGAAUCAAGUGGCUGAUGCGGCUAAACCCAUUUAGCCCACAGGUGACCCACAGGAUUCUAAAAAAAAAUUCAAAGAGAUCAGAAUAACAGAAAAGCCCUCUAUUGGCCCAAUAAGACAGGCAAAAGGGGAAUGAAAUGCUAACCACCUCGUACAUCAGCAAACGCAAAAUAAUAAUGACAAACGAAUCACCAACCUGUCAUCCCAGCAAAAAUUCAUGACGGUGGCAUCGCAACAUACAUCUGGGAACAAGCUUACCAAGGGGUCACUGAAUCACUGACAGACCUGAACGUUCAGAGUCAGCACACCCUCCUAUCUAAUCCUGCAAAGGUGCACUGAGGCAAAAUGGACAGAGUUGAACUCCGAGUGGUGCACGCCUUAACAGUUUCCAGAACGUACUGAGGAAAAUAGGGGGGAGAAAAAUACAUGGACAUUGAUAAAGUUCAGUGAUACCUAUGGGACUAGUGCCUCAGCUCGUGUGAAAUUUGGGUUAUCAGUAUUUAUCCUGAACGGUUUAUCAUCCUUUGGGCUAGAGUGGAAUAACAAAUUAAUCAAUGCCUUCUUAUCAGGUAUUUUGAUCCAACCUUGUCUGAAGUGGGUUCUGUCAUGACUAGUCUGAUGAGGCCUGCUCAUCUCCAAAGGGUAGCCGCUUGAGGAAGAUAUUGGAAGGUAACAUUAACCAGCACCUAUGGAACUGCUGCACAGGGAGAAUUAGCAGAGCAAAGGAUACACUGGACCUGACAUUAAUGCAUGCCUGAAACUCAAGAAAGCCAGUAAAUGAGAGAGAAGAGCCAGCUAAAAAAAAAACUCUGCAUAUAUAUUGCACCUUUCACGACCUCAGGAUAGCCCAGAGCACUUCGCAGCCAAUGAAGUACUUUUUAGAAGUAUAGUCACUGUGGUAAAGUAGAAAGAAUAUGGAUUGGUGCAAUAACAGGUUAAUCUCAAAAUAUUCCUUGUCUCAGUGUUAAGUGUUAUGUUUUACACUGUGUUACUCCAACAGUCCAAUGCAAGCACUGCAGUACAUGAAUAUUUGCACACCUCUCUAUAGCAUGCAGUGAAACAGUGUCACCCCUAACUUAUUUCUAGCACACUUAACAUCUCACUCGUUCAUCACCAAUUCCUCUAUACACAUUCGUAGAGUUUUUAAGGAUGAUACAAAGUGAAACACCUGCAUAACUAAAAUUGAAUUGGUCUGAGAUUAAAAACAGGCACUGCAUGAAGGCUUGCAAAUGGGGUGUACUGCAUACAUCUGCUUGAAGAUACCGAUCUUUACUUCAAAAGUAAUGAUUCAUGUUUUUUGUGGUGUCUAUAAUUACAGUCAGUUUCAGGGCAACAACACAUCCAAGGAAUUUAGACAAUCACAUGUUGUUUGCGUCUUGUAAUUUGUGCCCAGUUUUCUGUUAAGUGCCUUGAUACUUUACCAUGUCUUUAUUACUUCAUAUAGUUCCUCCAGUUUAUAGUGUGAUAAAGAAUAUGAUGGUUUUUGAUGAGAGGGAGAAUCAAAUGGAAAGAAAGAAAACAUACUGACUGUUGAGGUGGUGCGAGGUUCUGACACGAUUUUGUUAUGAUUUACCUGAGGGAGAUGUACCCAAUACGCCAAAGUUGUAGUGUUGGUGGUUUUGUUGCACAAUUUACAGAUGCUGAGAAAUCUUCUGAUUAUUGGGAUUCAGUACAAGUUAACAUCUCCAUAAAGCAGAGGGCGUGUUAUAGAAUCACAAGCGUCUGAAUAAACUGAGAAAGGUUAUCAAUAUAAAUGAUUAAAGAGUAGAUCAUCUAAAAUAAGUUGUGUAAAGGGGAAACAAAAAAUAAUAUCAGGCUCCAUCAUCCCGGGGGAUCUCUCUCUCCAAUUUUUGAUGUGAAAACAGAAAAUGCCAGAAACAUUCAGAAGGUCAGCCAGCACUUGUGGAAAGAGCAACAGAGUUAGUGUUUUGGUUUUAUUUCAGAUUUCCAGCAUCUGUGAUUCUUUUGUUCCAGUUUAUUGAUAUUUGAGUAAGACUGAUCACUAACUUUAUAUUUUUAUGCAAAAAUAAAAUCCCUAGUUGUUUUUGCUACAGAGCAAGUAGUACUGGAUGUGCAGCACGGAACAGUAUUAAAAAGAUCCAGUUGCAAUGCAGCAGUUUGUAAACAGCAUGCUCCCAGAUUUAGCAACGCAAUGGCUAGGUAGUUCUGCUUUACUGCUGUUGGCUGUGAGAUAAGUAUCCUCCGGGCUGCCAGACAGAUCUCCCCUGUUAUUCUUGGCAUUGAUGUCAUCAGAACAUUUACCAUCACCUUUAAGUUCAGAGCCUUAGAUUACAUCUCUUCUGAAAAAUGACACCAGCACUAGCAUUAGCUCUAGUGCAGCACAGGGAAGGUCAGACUGGAUCAUGUGCUCGUGUCCAGCCAAAUUGGGAUAGACACCUUUUGCUGCCUGCAGUGUAAUUGCAAUAGAUCACCUAAUAACUUUAGAUAUGCACCAUGUCACCCAACAACAGCCAGAUUUCCAAGCACUUGGUGAGUGGUCUGUGUAGUACUUGCUUUUACAAAAGCACUUUGUUCAGAGAUCUGCACUUAUCCCGCACUCAGGGAUUAAUGCAGAACUGGCGAUAUAGCUAGGGUCCAUCAGCUCCAAAUUGCUCUAAGCUGACACAGCCAUCAUAUUCAUAUGCCUGUUUGUGAAUUCAAAGAUGUUUUAAAAAAAAACAGCAAACAAAUAGCGUAAAAAAUAUUGUUCGGUCAAUCAUGUUGUUGAAUGCAUCAGCAGAGAAAACUGUUAUCUUACUGGCUUUUUUUCAAGUGUCUUGAAAGCAGAGUGUAGGAGACUGCCCUCUGCAGCGGUGAUCUAUGGCUCUCCUAAUGUCACUCUUGUACAAUGUAUUGUGAUUUUGGUAGCAACUUAUCAUGUUGUGUAACUGUAAACUCAUCUGUGUGCAUAGAGUCUAGAGCAGAAAUCUUGCCAGCUCUCAUCCUGUCCUUCGUCGUGAGUCCCUUUUCAAUAACAAGCUGUCUGUGUGCGCAAAGUCCAGUUCUUUCCAUGGCUGAAUACCUUUUGAUCAGUUUCAGGGUUUUCUCCUGGAGGAGGGGUUUUUACUGAUUAUUCUUAAUCCAGAGAAUGAUUGAAUCUGAUCAUAACACACCUGCUGCCCUCACCCCAACUGAUCUACUGCUAAUAAUAAUCUUUUAGCAGAAAUACUCUCAACGUAAUCCCCUGUUGAUGAAAAUGAUCUAGCUCGCACUGCAUCUCCUGAUAGGAAAUUACCAAAUCCAGCGUGAAUUAUACUCACUCAACCCUCAAUAUCGUUGUCAAGAGUUUUGGUUUGAUAAAAUGCAGUAUUUUUAAUGUAUAUUUAAUGUAUUGUUAAUUUCUGAAUUCCUGGCUGUUCAAGUACUUAUGAACAAUUUCACCUACAUAUUUAUAUGUAGAACUGAAUUAAAGGCACACAGAACUUGGAAAAAAAUUAACUCUUGCUCUUUUACAAGCGUUCUUGGUCCAAACCACCACCUGUCACCACAAUGAGUAAGUGUAAAGGAAAUCUAUUUUGGAAUCUAAGAGAUUUUGUUUUUAAUUCUUUUGGGUCACUGGAUAUUUCCCCUAGAUAAUAUAACUCGAGUCUUCAGUGGCAGCUGUAGACAACUUCAGCUGAAAGUCAAAUGAAUGUCACUGGUUGAGGUUAGAAAUAGAGGCAAAUCCAAGUUACAAGAAAUUUAUAACCUAAAUAUGGGCCACUAGACAUUAUUAUCACCAGGACAUGAUUUAUACUGCACUGGAGAAAGAAGGACGAGAGAACAGGACAAGGUGAAAUGGGGUGCAAGCUGGCUAGUGUGGAGAAUAAAUACUGGGAUGGAAGUGGUGUUUAUGUAAUUCUGAGUAAUCUUUGAGUGCUUUCUACCAUUCCUGCUCUAUUCUUUCUUCUCCCUAUUCCCUACAUUGAACUUCCACUUAAGCAGAAAUUGUGCAAUUUACCUCAGUUUAUCCAAGCAGCACUGAUUUCUAGCCCUUUGAGUAAAGAGAUUUCUCCCCACUUCCUUAAAUAGCUAAUGCAUGUUUUACAAAUCCCGGGUGAGAGGGGUGGCAGCAGCACGCACGCAUUUCCUUGCCUCAUUAUAACUCUCGUUUCUACUUCCACUCUGCCUGUAAUUGGAGCCACAGUAAAAACGCAGCCCUUCAUACUUCUCUCUAAAUAUGAAUGUAAUAAUAUGCUGUGGGGAAGCGUAUUUGUUCCAAUUUUACAUUACCAAAUGGAACACUCCUCACAAAGAAACACAAUCGUAAGGGAACAUGCUGACUUGUUACACAAUGCCACGGGGCUGGAAUCAAUUUCCAGGCUGGAAUGUUGUAUUUGUCUGUUGCUUUUGUGACUUUACAUGUUAUUUGACAGCCUAGUCUGAAAUUAAACCCGUAGAAGGUAUUAGCCGUGAUUGUGAGAUAUCAUUUUGUAAUUUUCCUUUUUAUGAAAAUCUUCACUGGGGGCACAGGUCAUUUGAUUUUAACCAACAAUAAGAGCUAACUGCUGGAGAUAUCGAUGGCUGAGUAUUUGUCUUUUUGAUAGCACACAGAAAGAUUUCCAUGGUUGGUGUGGUAUUAAACACUGCAUCUUUCCUCCAAAAACAGACUGGAAUGAGACUGUCCAUAUAAAUAGCAUGAAAUCACAAGCCUUUAUAAACGCCUGCCUCUCAGAGGUACACCAGAAAGCUUUACCUAAUCUAAAAAGAGAUAGGCAAUUAUUCUCAUUUUAAUCAGCGCGGGUCUUAGAAUCACAGAGGUGCACAGCAUAAAAAUAAGCCUUUUGGCCUUGAUGUACACCGAGAGUGAAAAGUGCUGUGAAAAACACAGAUCUUUCUUUCUCAACCUUGCAUUACCGAUCUAUGAUAAGAUUUUUAUUUAUUAAGAUGCAGCGCGGAAUAGGCCCUUCCAUCUGCGCCACCCAGCAACCCCCCGGUUUAACCCUGGCCUAAUUGGAGGUAUUUACAAUGACCAAUUAACCUACCAACUGGUAUGUCUUUGGACUGUGGAAGGAAAAUGGAGCACCAGGAGGAAACACACGCAGUCAUGGCAAGAGCGUAUAAACUCCUUACAGACAGCAGAGGGAAUUGAACAUGAUUCGCCUGGACUGUAAAGCAUUGUGCUAACCAUGCCACCCAAUGUAGGGUCCAACUACACAGGACUACAUCUCAAUUAUAUGAAGCAGGGGAUCCCAACAUUUUUUAAUGCCAUGGACUCCCUACCAUUAACCAAGGGGUCUGUGGACCCCAGUUUGGGAUCUCCCAGAAAGGGUUGUUGUUUCUUGAUGAUUUACUGCUGGGCGAUUCACUGUACAAUAGUGCACCUCGAAUUGUUUACCUUCUAGAAUCUGUCAUUGGUUCCUUAACAUUGUCAGUGAUUGCAGCACCCCACAACCAAUUAGGAAUCGAACUGGCUCCGGAUGAUCAAUUGAGUAAUA